AUGCAAAAUGUGAUCAAGGUGAACGUGAGACUUGAGAUGUUGGCAGCUACACACAGAGCUAUUGGCACAUCACCAGAGCUACUACCAGGGGAUAAACCAGUGUGUAUGUAUCCAAGGAAGCUUGAUGGGAAAGAAUUUCUUGAGGCAACAUGUUGUACAGCCUCAGGCCUACUCGGGACAUUUGUGUUGGCCUGGACAGGCUGCGUCGCAGGAUUUAUCAAAGCCAGAUCCCUUGAACAUAAGACAGCUCCAGCCUCUUAUUCCGAUUGCUCAGGAAUACCUCCGGAGAUUCUGGCUUUGAAAAUGCCCCUGAUGGACGACUACCGUGAAGAUGAAUUAACGGUAUCAAAUAUGAUACUUUUUUCUCAAAUCUAUCGGACUCUCGCUGUAGGAUCCAUCGUAUUUAUCAGUGCAGUCUCCAUUGCCAUGAUCCAAUCAAAAGCGCAACGGCACCCAGUAAUCAUAGUGUUUCUGAUUACUUCAUGGUUCGGCGCAUGGAUAUCCCUUAUUCCCGUCCUCUUUGAUCAAUAUAUACCGAAUCGCGAGGAUCCCCAUGCUUCUAAUGUCACUGCUGGAAGAGACCUUAGGCUAUGUCAGCUGAACGCCGUCCUGAUAGCUUAUGCGGAGGUUCUUCGGAUUUUACUUCAGCUACGCCAUCUAAAAUCACCUGUCUCAAAGAGCGACGACUUAGAAGUCCAAUUCGAAAAAGAUCUAAACUGGGCCUCCUACAACUCUACCCCGAUGAUGAGUCUGCCCUCAAGUUCCACUCUUGAUUGUGGAAAGCUUGAGACCUCUACUAGCAGUACGGUAGUAACUCGGACCUGGUGGCAUUGCGCUCUGCCCAGCCAAUCUUCCAUCUCUAUCGUGAUGGUGGUUAUGCCUUUUGUCACAUCAGCUGUAGCUCCCGUCCUUGUUCUCAUUUCGCUUGCGUCCCAGAAUUGGUCUGAAGUUCACACCAGCAUCUUAAAUCCACGUCUUGCUGCACUCGCAGCUAUCACAGCUGUAGGAGCUUCAAUCCAUUGGAUCAUACGGAUCGCAAGCUUGGUAAAGCCCUCAUGUUGCAGUUUUAUAGAACCACUCUUCAUGAUCUGUUUCCCCCUCUUUGGUAACGCUCUGUUUGUCAACAAACCUGUUAUUGAACAAUUCUCUUCUUGGUUUCAAUCUCUACGUCGUUUUGCUUGUUGUAAUUUUAUCAAACCCUCAACUUAAAAAAUUUCUCGCUUAGAAAGCUACUUCUUUAAACUAUAGAUCAUUUUUCAACUGUUUUUUUAAUUGAUAUCAUUGACGUUAAGUUGCCUAUUUCUUUCAAUGUAAUUGUUGUAUCAGUUUGGCAAAGUUGACCGAUUUUCAUUUUCUCUCAUUUAAUGUAAUGUUAAAUAUCAUGUAUUUUUUUCUUUACUCCUUAUUGGCUUUGAAUCAUAAUUUGUUAUUUUCCGAAAUCAUUGUAUAGGUAUAUAUUUGGCAUGUGGAACAUCUUUAAUGUAAUUACUAGACCGAGUUGUGUUUAGUUGUGGAUUUAAUUGUAUGAUAUGAUUUGUAUGAUAGCCUUCAAAGCAGUUAUGCUGAGAUAAAAUGAAAUUGGAAGCACUUAGGUAGACC